CUGUUGCAGCGAGCAAGCCAGGGCGCCAUGGUCCGCUACCGCAUCCGCGUGGCCACCGGGGCCUGGCUCUUCUCUGGGUCGCUCAACCGCGUGCAGCUGUGGCUGGUCGGGGAGCGCGGGGAGGCGGAGCUGGAGCUGCAGCUGCUGCCAGCGCGGGGCGAGGUGGAGGAGUUUGAUCACGACGUCCCCGAGGACUUGGGGCCACUGCAGUUCGUCAAGUUGCGCAAACACCGCUGGCUGCUGGACGACGCGUGGUUCUGCGACCGCAUCACCGUGCAGGGCCCGGGCGCCUGCGCGGAGGCGGCCUUCCCGUGCUACCGCUGGGUGCAGGGCGAGGAUGUCCUGAGCCUGCCAGAAGGCACCGCCCGCCUGGCAGAAAACAAUGCCUUGGACGUGUUCCAGCAGCAUCGAGAGAAGGAGCUGGAGGAAAGAAAACAGAUCUACUGCUGGGCCACCUGGAAGGAAGGGUUACCCCUGACAAUAGCUGCAAACUGUAAGGAAGACCUACCCCCAAAUAUGAGAUUCCAUGAAGAGAAGAAAAUGGACUUUGAAAGGGCAAUGAAAGCAGGGGCUCUGGAGAUCGCCCUCAAACACGUUUACACCUUCAUGAGAUCCUGGAACCACCUGGAGGAUUUCGAUCAGCUCUUUGGGGGCCCAAAGAGUUCCCUAUCUGAGAAGGUUCACCAGUGCUGGCAGGACGAUGAGUUUUUUGGCUACCAAUUCCUCAAUGGUGCCAACCCCAUGCUGUUGAGACGCUCCACCUCUCUGCCCUCCAGGCUAGUGCUGCCUUCAGGAAUGGAGGAGCUUCAGGCUCAGUUGGAGAAAGAACUUCAGAAUGGUUCUCUGUUUGAGGCUGACUUUAUCCUGCUGGAUGGAAUUCCAGCCAAUGUGAUCCGAGAAGAGAAGCAGUACCUAGCUGCUCCCCUUGUCAUGCUGAAGAUGGAACCCAAUGGGAAGCUACUUCCCAUGGUCAUUCAACUCCAGCCUCCCAACUCUAUCUCAUCCACCCCAACAGUGUUCCUACCCUCAGAUCCCCCACUUGCCUGGCUCCUGGCUAAGUCCUGGGUCCGAAACUCAGAUUUCCAGCUGCAUGAACUCCAAUAUCAUUUGCUGAACACUCAUCUAGUAGCUGAAGUUAUUGCUGUUGCCACCAUGAGGUGUCUUCCAGGGCUACACCCUGUCUUUAAGCUCCUGAUCCCCCACAUCCACUACACCUUGGAAAUCAACAUCCGGGCCCGAUCCCAGCUUGUCUCAUAUGGAGGACUAUUUGAUAAGGCAAUAGGCACAGGUGGAGGGGGCCAUGUGGACCUGCUCCGUCGCGCUGUGGCCCAGCUGACCUACCGCUCCCUCUGUCCUCCUCACGACCUGGCUGACCGGGGCCUGCUGGGAAUCCCGAGUGCUCUCUAUGCCCACGAUGCUCUACGGCUCUGGGAGAUCACUGCCCGAUAUGUGGACGGGAUCAUCCACCUCUUCUACCAAAUGGAUGAUGCUGUGAGAGGGGACCCUGAACUGCAGGCCUGGUGUCAGGAGGUCACAGAGGUGGGGCUAUGCCAGGCCCAGGACCGAGGAUUCCCUCUCUCUUUCCAGUCCCGGGCUCAACUCUGCCAUUUCCUUACCAUGUGCAUCUUCACAUGCACCGCCCAGCAUGCAGCCAUCAACCAGGGUCAGUUCGACUGGUAUUCCUGGGUCCCUAAUGGCCCAUGCUCCAUGCGAAUGCCCCCACCCACUACCAAGGAAAGCGUGACAAUGGACACAGUGAUGAGGUCCCUGCCUGAUGUCUGGAAGGCCUGUCUUCAAAUGACUGCCUGCUGGCUCCUGAGCCGCCGGCAGCCAGACAUGGUGGUCCUAGGACAUCACAAAGAAGAAUAUUUCUCAGGUCCUGAGCCCAAGGCUGUGCUAAGACAAUUCCAGAAAGAUCUGUACGACCUCGAAAGGGAAAUUGGGGCCCGGAAUGAGCAACUAGACCUUCCCUAUGAAUAUCUGAAGCCCAGCUGCAUAGAAAACAGUGUCACUAUCUGA